CUGCCGGGCGGCAACACAGAAAGGGUGGCAUGGUCCCUCUUUGACGGGACAUCUAUUCGUGGCCGGGAGCUAUGAUAGAACUGUUUUUGGGUCAUGGCAAGACCCAACUGAUCGCUAUCGAAACCCGAUUGCAGAUCACUGGGUUGCGCGUGAUUACUUUUCGUGCCUAUCCCAUUGCUUCAGCCCCCUAGCGAGUUGUCCCCCAGCUUGGAAUGUGCAGUCUGUGUCGAACUGUAUUCUAACUUGUCUCACCUCCAGAGUUUUAAGAAACACGCCGCGAAGCAACUAUUGAUCGUGUGGUUCCGGCCACGACACACACGCUCGCAAGCAUAACAUUGCUUUGUUCACAUCUUGUUCAGACGGGACCAAAUAUAAGAGUCGCCGGACUUUGGCGAUCCGAGCUAGUAAAGGCACAUAUUUCUUGGAAGCUUCCUCCGAGAUGUCAGGCCCGGGCUUCACCAGCCCCUUUGGGGCGAAUUCGAACCCGUUUGGCUCUUCCAGACUCGACACGGGCGCCAUGCAAAGGGUGGCCGAAGAGGACGAGAACGACACCGUCACCUCGCCCACAACACCGAGCUUUGUUCAGGUGGCGGGCGGCAACAUGUUUAGGGGACCCUUUGGAGGCGACUCCGCUUCGGAACCCCAACAUUCGGGCUUGAGAAGCCCGCCAGUUUCAGAGGGCUAUCCUGCCCAGUACAACUUUGGCCGUCGUACGUCGGUGUCGGCGGAGUCUCUUAAACCAGUUGGCGAUAGCUACGACAACUGGACGCCUCCCGUACAUCCCAAGACGCCCGGACAGCUGGGCCGGCUGAAAAAGGCCAUCAGCGGUAACUUCCUGUUCAGCCACCUCGACGACGAGCAGAGCGCUCAGGUUUUGGGGGCUCUGGUAGAAAAGCCGAUUCCCACCAAGGGAAUCAAGGUCAUCACACAAGGCGACGCCGGAGAUUUCUUCUAUGUAGUCGAGAAGGGUUCUUUCGAUGUUCAUGUUAACAGCAGGGGCUCACUGCAACCAGGACCCGACGGGAUGGGACAAAAGGUCAGCACAAUCGAUGCCGGCGGUUCGUUUGGCGAGCUCGCCCUGAUGUACAACGCACCGCGGGCCGCGACGGUCAUCUCGGCCGAGCCGCAAUGCACGCUGUGGGCACUGGACCGUGUGACCUUCCGCCGGAUCCUGAUGGAGUCGACCUUCGCCCGUCGUCGCAUGUACGAAGGCUUUUUGGAGGAGGUGCCCCUGCUGUCGAGCCUGACCCCCUACGAGCGGUCCAAGAUUGCCGACGCCCUCGAGAGCCAGAAGUUCCCCGCGGGCCACACCAUUAUCCGCGAGGGCGACCCCGGCCACUCGUUCUACCUGCUGGAGGCCGGCGAGGCCGUUGCGUAUAGGAGCGGCAACGACACGCCGGUCAAGCACUACAAGAAGGGCGACUUCUUUGGCGAGCUUGCGCUGCUCAACGAUGCGCCGCGCGCCGCCAGCGUGGUCAGCCAGACCGAAGUCAAGGUCGCCCGGCUCGGCAAGUCGGCCUUCCAGCGGCUGCUGGGGCCGGUCGAGGGCAUCAUGAGGCGGACCAAGUACGUGGGCGUCAAGACGGGCGUGGAGGAGAUGGAUCCGCUGCAGGUGUCUUAGAAGGAAGCAGUAGGUUGGGUCUGCAUGGAAACGGCGCGGUUGGUGGUCAUGUUCAUCCAAGAGAACGAGAGCAGGGCUGGAGAGUCAUACGAGGGUCGGGACGGCGUUUAGGGAUUCCCAAAGCUCCUUUCUGCGAAAACUUGCCCCGGACUGCCAUCAGAUAGCGGAAGAUGUACAGUAAAAGUACAAUCUAUAUGUCCUCAUUUAUGAUUUGGUCGACGGUCAUCUCCGAGCGAAUGUACUCAGCGAGAUGCAGGUAGGUACCGCGUCUG